GCUCGAUUUCUCCGGACAUAUUUUAGCUAAAAUAUACAGGUUAAUUUGUUUUCCAGACGUUGGAAAACAUUUAGCGCCUUGUUAAGGGCACACUGUUUCCCUUAGCAAGUAAAAAUAUUUAAUUCGAGGGAUUUGGUCCCGCGCGGCGAGCUUUCGUCCUCUCCUUCAAGCUUAUAACGAGACGCUAAAACCGUGUCUCUUCUUUUUUUUCUCGAGUUUGUUUAUCGUCAAAAUGUCGCCGUGAUGGGGUCUCCGCGUUUGACAGAAAUGAAUCUGGGCCUUCGCCGCCUGACCCGUACUCAUCGCAGUCCGUUGUCCUCUUCUGUUUUUGUUUUUGAUGCUAGAGAGCUCGGCGGCUCUCUGCCCGCAGCUCGGCCUAAACAGCGCUCACCGCACGGAGACAAACAUGGAGAAAAACCCCAACAGCAGCACCAGCUCCAAGGUUCCGCCUCGUUCAAGCUCCACAGGCCCGCCACCGGGCGAAUCUAAACCGAAAACAGAUGGUAAAAAUAAUGGGGCUUCCAAGCGCUACAGCCGUAAGCGUGAGCCCUCUUUCCCCAAAGCUGACAGUUUCCCCGGCCCUCGCCGCACCAAUUCACAGAAAAGCAAGAAUUUUGACAAGAGACCCCCGCAAAGAGGUGGAGGGCGACAGUGUGGAGUUGCAGGUGGAGGACGACGUGAGGAGGUAGCAGAGACUCACCGGGCCGAGUUUAGCCCAGCACAAUUUUCUGGACCGAAAAAAAUAAGCUUGAACCAUCUGCUAAACUUUACCUUUGAACCCCGCGGUGGUAAUGAUGGCAUCGGAGAAGUCGGCCACUCCUAUUGGGGCCGCAGAAACAAGUGGGGCCACAAGAGUAAGCCCUUCAACAAGGAGCUCUUUCUGCAGGCCAAUUGCCAGUUUGUGGUGACUGAUGACCAGGACUAUAAGGCUCACUUCACUGAUCCAGACACACUGGUCAACUGGGACUGUGUGCAGCAAGUGCGCAUCUACAGUCAUGAGGUGCCGUCUUGCCCAAUCUGCCUCUACCCUCCUGUGACUGCCCGCAUCACUCGGUGUGGACACAUCUUCUGCUGGCCGUGCAUGUUACACUACCUGUCUCUUAGUGACAAGAGCUGGUCCAAGUGCCCCAUCUGCUAUGAGACCGUGCACACGGCUGACCUGAAGAGUGUGGUUGCUAUGGAGACAAAGCAAUAUAUGGUUGGAGAUGUAAUCACCAUGCGCCUGAUGCGGAGAGAGAAGGGGAGUCUGGUAGCUUUGCCAAGCUGUCAGUGGGUGAAGGUGGAGGAACCUGUUUGCCUUGGAGAUGCGUGUUUGAGCCCGUACUCCAAACUACUGCUGACCUCUCCAGCACAGGCCCUAAACCUGGUCUCAGAGGAGAAGGCAAUCCUGCAGGUUCAGCUCAGUCAGGAGGAGGACACCCAGGGCAUUUUCAUUCAGAGCGCACUUUGUCUUUUACAGGAGCGUGAGGAAAUGCUGCUGAAGCAACAAAAGGCAAACACACACUCCCUUGAUUUGUCUUCACUCACCCUGAAAGAACCAUCUUCUCCAGUGGAGAAAGUGUUGACUAAUGUCAGCAGUGCCAAGCCUGUUCUCGAGUACUCUUCGGCUUUUGAUGACAUGGUGGUGGAGGUUACAGAGAAAGCAGCUGCAGAGCUUCCAGAUGUUCCUGAAUCUACCCUGGAGAGUGUCCCUGAGGAGUCCCCUGAGGCUGUGAUGGAUGUUGCCCCAGAGACUCAGGUUGAGGAGGAGAGCUUGGCCAACCAAUCAGAGUCUGCACACGCUUCAACCAGUGUGGUGCAUGGACCGUACUACUAUUUCUACCAAGCUGAUGACUGCCAGCAGAUGUUCCUGCAUCCUGUGAAUGUGCGCUGUCUGUUGCGUGAAUACGGCAGCUUGGAGGCCUGUCCUGACACCAUCACUGCCACAGUAGUGGAGAUAGUUGGACACACCAUCACUGAGGAUGUCCGUCGUAGGAAUCGCUACCUGGCUCACCUGCCGCUCACAUGUGAGUUCAGCAUCUGUGAGUUGGCCCUGGAACCACCAGUCCUGUCCAAAGAAACUCUGGACACUUUUGCAGAUGACUUGGAGAAAAGAAAGCGCCUGAGACAGAAGAAGGCAAGAGAUGAGAAACGCAGAGAGAGAAGAAUUGAAAUUGAGGAGAACAAGAAGCAGGGUAAAUAUCCUGAGGUGCAUAUUGGAUUGGAGAACCUUCAUCAUUUUCCAGCAUUUGGCUCUCCUCCUCACAACAGCAGUCCACCAGUCCAGCCUGAUUUCACUUUAGCCCCCCCAUCACCUCUCAGCACCAGCCCCUCUUCUGAUGGAUGGAGAUUUCCUAGUUUUAGUGUGUCCUUGCCGCCUGUGGCUAGCGUGGAAGAUGAUCCCCACUGCAUGUCGUUUGCACAGAUGCUGAAAGAUGGGAAAGCUCGAGUUGAUGCUGGACCCAGGGUCACCCCAAAGAAAGAUAAGCUGCUUGCCCCCCCAGCGGCAGACAGCGAUGGUGAGAGCGAUGGGUCGGAUCGUGUUCCCGUGCCUAGCUUUCAGAAUUCCUUCAGUCAGGCUUUUGAGAAGGCCCUUCUGCAGCUGGACAGCAGUCCUGCUUCCCUGCCACAGCCUGUGGUUGAACCAGAUGAAAAGGGAGGAAAGAAGAAAAAGAAAAAGCAGAAACUUCUGUUCAGCACAUCCAUGGUUCACACGAAGUAAACGCAGCUGAAGUUCAUUUCUUCACAAUCUUCCAGCUCCUAUUUUGUUUACUUCCAUGACCUUUUUUCUUGGAACCAUGGAAACAGGUUGUAGUGUGUAGCCAAAGUUCAUGCUGCUUUAGUCUGCUUCAUUGGUUUGUUUUUGCCGUUUCCUCAGCAGUUUAAUUUUCUGACAUUCUAGGUCAAAGUUGUUCCCUGUUCCAACCACACUGGAAGCUGUUUAGGUAACUUCUAGUUCAGAUGCAAAACAAAGAAUUAUAAAAAGUUGCUGACUCGACAACAUUUAGUUUUUUUCCCUCCUCUUUAGUAACUGAGAAUUGCAUUCAGGACCUGUUGGUAAUAGGGGCAAAAUUAUUCUAGGGGGCUUCCUACCCAGGUAGCAGUCAGCCAGCUGCAGGUACUUUGCACCUUUGAAUCUUUCCAAACAUACAGAAUUUGCAGCAUCAGCCUAGAAACUUACCUUACAAAUGAGGGUGUUUUUCAGUGUUUAUUGCAGUGUUAACCCUCAAGAUGCUACAUUUUAGAGGUUGCAAAAAUCUGAAUUGUAGUAUUUUGUAUUGCCAUAAAACAUAUUAUACAAGCAAUUGAAACCCACUAUUGUAAUAAACUAUAAGGCUCAACGGAAAACAUUUAACCUCAUUAAACCUGAAACACACUUUACUUUC